AAAAGUAUCUCACACCUAGCUGAGUGAGAAACUCAACAACCAAUAUCGAUUAAACUGAUUCCAAAAUUAAUUAUUUCCCGGAACAGAAUUUGUUAAAACGAAAAACAGACAAACACACAGCGCUCUCGGUUAGAAUACUUGGAACUUUUAUAUUCACUUUUAUAUUCCAUUUUCCUGGGACUGGCAACUACAUUGUACAUCCAACGGUCACAACCGAUCUUCGAAAUGAGUAUCGUGGCUCAAGACCAUGUAUUUUUGUCCGCUUUGCAGCCCAAGACCGCCGUCAGCACCUACGCGGUCCCGUCCGAGUUUCAGCUCGGGGGGAAUGGGGGCACCCUGUCGGAUGAGGUGGCCCGGGGAAAGCGGGUCCAGCAGCAGGUUGCUAUGCGGCUCGCCGAGAAAUCUUCGACGCUUCCGAGACAGAACGGCUCAGCAGCACACUAUUCCUCCUCAGAACACGGCGGAUCUUCAACAAUGAAGUACCAUACCUUCAACCCAGGGUUCAGCUCCAAGUCCUACGCCUACACAGCCUCCAGACCUGUCAUGACACCCAAUGUGUCUCACUACUCAGGCGGUUUCUCCUCCCACUCGGCGGUGGACCUGGGAGGUGGUCAGAGGGUCACCAUGGGAGGUGGAGGAAGAGGAGGAGGAGGAGGGGGCUACCAGGUAGGAGGGGUCUCCCGGGGAGGAGGAGGGGGCAACAUGAGGGGCCAACAGAUGUCCUCUGUGAUCCGGACGAUGAGCCGUGGGCCAGACCCAGAGAUCUCUCUGCGCGCCAUGAGGCUCCAGAACCUGCCUGCACAGCCGUCUCCGGUGGCAGCCUGGGUGGCCGCUGACGUCAGCGAUGGCUGCAGCCUGGCCUCAGACCGCGAUGCCACCUUCAGCCGACAGCAGUCUGUCUACAGCACUGUUAGCGGAGGAGCCUACAGCUCUGGGACACAAAUGAGACAGGCAGGAGGAGGAGGGUCCAUGGUACCCAUGAGGCGCUCACUCAGCGGGACACUAGCCCAGGGCGGAGGAGGGGAGAUGAUGGGAGGAGAGGAGAUGAUGACGGUCCAGCAGCAGCAUUCCUUUAAAGGACCAGCGUUCCGCACCAUCAGCAGGAUCAACAACAGGAACAACAGGAUGUCCAUGGGCUCCAUGUCUGGGGCUUCUACCUUCCCCCCCCCCGGGGGCUCCAUGUCUGGGGCUUCUACCUUCCCCCCCCCCGGGGGAUACAGCAGCGUCGAUGGAGGAGGUGGGUUCGUGAUGGGCCAGGUGUCGUCGGGGUCUCAGGGGAAUAUGAUGAUGAUGCGGCAACAGAGACAGACCUCUCUUCCCAGGACCAUGUCUGUCAAGAGCAUUCACAGUGUCGGGAAGGGCAUGGAUAUCUACGACGAACAGGUGGACAUGACUGGCAGCAUGGGAAACCUCAGCGGGAUUAAUAACUUGGACAUGGACACGGCGGUGAGGUACCUGAAAGAGGGCGAUGCUGACAUGCAGGUUCUGGGAGCAGCUUAUAUCCAACACGAAUGCUACAACAACAACGAUGCCAAGAACGAGGUGCGGCAAUAUAAGGCCAUCCCAGAGCUGGUGAGGCUAUUCAACAGUGAGAACCAGGAGGUGGCUCGCUACGCCACAGGGGCUAUGAGGAACGCCAUCUAUGAGAACAUGGACAACAAGAUGUCCCUCAUCGAGGAGGGAGGAAUUCCACAGCUCAUAAAUGCUCUGAAGGAGAAUGAUGAUGAGCUACGCAAGAACAUCACAGGUAUUCUGUGGAACCUGUCAUCCAAAGACAACCUGAAGGAGAAACUCGCCAAGGAGACGCUCGCUGCGCUCACAGAGACCAUUCUGAUCCCGCUCUCAGGAAGUGGAGACUCUGAGGUCAUCCAGCAGAGCCCCUCUGAGGUUGACAUCUUCUACAACACCACCGGAUGUCUCAGGAACCUGAGCUCAGUGAAUGAGAAGACCAGGAGGCAGAUGCGGGAGACCAACGGUCUGGUGGAUGCCCUGGUAGGAUACGUCCAGGCCUCGGUACAGGAUGGCAAGGUGGAGGACAAGGGUGUGGAGAACGUUUUAUGUGUCCUGAGGAACCUCUCCUACCAACUGUACAGUGAGAUCCCGCCCUCAGCCCUGCUACGUCUGGAAGGACCAACCAGAGGCCAGGAAACCAGCAGGAGCGAAGCCAUUGGUUGCUUUACCCCUCAGAGCAAGAAAGUCAAAGAUAGGAAGAACCAGGACAUGGCCACAUUCACGGAGGUGGCCCGCGUACCCAAGGGUCUGGAGUGGCUGUGGCACCCCCAGGUGGUGGGGCUGUAUAACAGCGUGCUGCAGGGCUGUGAGGUCAACUCCACCACCCGCGAGGCUGCAGCCGGGGCUCUGCAGAACAUCACCGCAGGCGACAAGAGGUGGGCGGAGGUGCUGAGUCAUGUGGCUCUGGAGCAGGAGAGGAUGCUUCCUGUGAUGUUGGACAAACUGAGGACCAAUAAUGACCUGGAGCUGAGAUCCCUCACCGGCUUCCUCAGAAACCUGUCACGCCAUGCCAAGGACAAGAAUGCCAUGGCCACAAAGGUAGUGAACAACCUGGUGUCCGAACUGCCUGCUGACGGUCAGCAGAAGGAGCCGUCCAGCAACGUGGUGGUCAACAUCUGUGGAACGUUGAACAACCUGGUGACCUCCAGCUCCAUCGCAGCCCGGGACAUCGCCUUCUUUGACGGGCUGCAGAAACUAGUGGCCAUUAAGAACUCCCACGACAGCAGUCCUGGGAAGCUGAAAGCAUCCAAAGCAGCAGCAACAGUCCUCUGCAACAUGUUCCAAUACAAGAAGCUGCACAAGGACUACAAACAGAAAGGAUUCACACGACCUGACUUUGCAGACGUGACAAUCUAAAAAAGGGAACUCUCUCUUUCUGUCAAGUGGCUGGAAACGCAUGUGAACACUUCAGUGAUCAAGGACUGUCUGUAAAACUGAGAACAGCUCCUUGGGCUACUUCCUACUUCCUACUUCCUACUUACGCACGUUAGACGGACUACACUACAGAGUUAGACGGACUACACUACAGAGUUAGACGGACUACACUACAGAGUUAGACGGACUACACUCAGAGUUAGAUGGACUACACUACAGAGUUAGAUAGACUACACUACAGAGUUAGACGGACUACACUACAGAGUUAGAUGGACUACACUACAGAGUUAGAUAGACUACACUACAGAGUUAGACGGACUACACUACAGAGUUAGAAGGACUACACUACAGAGUUAGAUGGACUACACUACAGAGUUAGAAGGACUACACUACAGAGUUAGACGGACUACACUACAGAGUUAGAUGGACUACACUACAGAGUUAGAAGGACUACACUACAGAGUUAGAUGGACUACACUACAGAGUUAGACGGACUACACUACAGAGUUAGACGGACUACACUACAGAGUUAGACGGACUACACUACAGAGUUAGAAGGACUACACUACAGAGUUAGACGGACUACACUACAGAGUUAGACGGACUACACUACAGAGUUAGACGGACUACACUACAGAGUUAGACGGACUACACUACAGAGUUAGACGGACUACACUACAGAGUUAGACGGACUACACUACAGAGUUAGACGGACUACACUACAGAGUUAGAUGGACUACACUACAGAGUUAGAAGGACUACACUACAGAGUUAGAUGGACUACACUACAGAGUUAGAUGGACUACACUACAGAGUUAGACGGACUACACUACAGAGUUAGACGGACUACACUACAGAGUUAGACGGACUACACUACAGAGUUAGACGGACUACACUACAGAGUUAGACGGACUCUAAAGAAAGUGACAAUAAAGAUGGAACCUGUAUAGGGACGACCUUGAUGUUGUUCUAUGAUGAAAACGGAUCCCCGCCUUUCCCCCAUGUUUUAAUGCCGUAUGUAUUCAAUGCUGUAUGUUUGAAUGUUUUAUGUUGAAAUGCUGUAUGGACUUUAUGGUGAUUUUAGGGACUCUUUUCUUUCUCUCAAUGCAACAAAACAUACAGCCGUAACCAAUAACGCCAUGACUUUUACAGUUUCUCCUGCCCCACCCAGAGAUGGUUUGGCAUCAAUUCCCAAAGACUUCUGUGCUUCGUUAUGUUAACCUGGUCCCAGAUCUGUUUGUGCUGUCUCCACAACCCCUACUGGUCCCAGAUCUGUUUAUGCUGUCUCCACAACCCCUACUGGU